GAUCAAUCAGCUCAUCGCCUCCUCUCAUCUUCGUUCCUAGUCCCCACCAUUCUCCCGGUCCUUCUGUUCCUUUCUCGGACGCCCACCGCCGAAAGACAAUAGCGCGUAGACGCGCAAUUUUAAAUGACUUCGCGCACCGUGGAACAGGCCUCUUCUUCUCAGCCCACCACCUUCAAUUCCACGGAAAUGCCCCGCUACAGGUCUGGUGCAUCGCGGUCUUCAUCUCCCCCUUCGAAGGCUUCCCACCCCAUCUCGACCGCGUCGCUGUUCACUGCACGGGCUUUCCCUCCGCCUUCGCUGGCUGGAGUGCCUGCCGAAUACAUCGCCCGGCAGCUGCGCGCCCUUGCGCCGCAGUAUUGGAAUAACACUGAAAGCGCUGAUUGCACCAUUGGUAUGCUCUCCUCGCCGUCGCGGUCUAUCAGUGUAGACUGAGCUUCGAAUGUAGUUAUUCCUGUUCCCCAUGCGCCUGGGAGGAUGGGCUCCCCUGAUCUGCCGAUCUUCUCUAUGUCCAGUGACCCGACGCUCGGGCGACGGGCAACGGAGCCGGCACUGAACGCUGUUCCCCGCAUAUCUCUGAAGGUCAGUUCGAUAGUUACCUCCUGCAAGUGUCGGUAGUAACAAAUGCGCUACACAGCUGCAUGUCGACUUUCUCUGUGCCCAUUCGACUUUCCUGCGAGGCUUGUUCAGUGGUUCCUCGUCCCUCGACCUCAUCGCCUCAUCCUGUCUGUCCGAAUCACCAGCGGCAUCACGCCCCAACGCGCGCGGCAAGUUCUCCGUGCCUGAAAACCGCCGGCCCCGCCUCAUGCCAUGCUCGCCCGACCAUCCGAUCCUGCUCCUCCCCGUGCCCGAUCCGACUAGCAUCCACCUCAUCGUGCACUGGAUGUACUUCGGGAACACUGUCCCUAUCGCCGAGGCGCUGAAGACCGGCUCGGUCGAGUGGGAGGGCCUCGCACGCAACGCCGAGUAUCUCGGCUUGCCUUCUGACAUCAAGGUGUUCCUGGGGAGGUGGUUCCAGAACUGGCUGAGGAUGCGGGCCAGUCGAAUUGACGAAGAGGGGGAGGAAGAUGGCUCUGACUCGGAGGACGGCGAUGAUGUCGACGCCGUGUACUACUCUGGUGACGAUUCCAGUGUUAAAGUUGAGCUCCGCACCAUGGAGGACACAGACUCGAAGCGAGGUCGUCCGCGGCCUCUGUCUAUUGGUUCGGCGCACAGCGUCUAGACUGCAUACAUCCAUGGCACAUUCCACACUCGCAUUGCGUUCGCAGCUCCGAAGUGCCGCGCGCUCUGUACACACAAUAAACAACACGCUCACUGUCGUGGUCAUUCGACUUAUCAUUAUCCAUUAUCGACGCGCCUCGAUCGAGCGCACCCCACUGUCCCUCGGAUUCGACUUCGAACUUUGCUCACUGCCAUUGGAAUCUGCUUUAAGCCAGAGUCCGUUUACUUAUUCGCGUAGCCAUGUAAUACCACCCUUCGUCUUUACCGGCGCUAACCCUAUGAUACAACUAGUAUAACCCUGAAAACAAUUCAACCAAGGAAACGUAGAUAUGAGAAUUUGCUUAUGUGAUGGGACAUCAUUCACGAGGCUCACUCUCUUUCCAUCUCUACCCGCUAUCCAGCAAGUAUACACUUCGCUUCUGACCCCAAUGAAGAUAUUUAACGCCGCUCAGCAUUCCUACCCAUGAAGCCUUCCUCAGCCGCUUCAUCACGAGGUGCUUCAAGAGCUAACGCAAGCAGCAAACACAAGCCUCGAACCCAGAAUCCGAGCACAUGUACCACAGCCCUCAAACCGCUUGUCCUCGUCGACCGUCUCGCCCAACCUGACUCUCAAUCUAGUCUGGGUACGCAAAAGCCCCGGCGCUCUGUCCUCCGCGUCAUCAGCAUGAACACGGCCCAUGCCAAGCAAUCCAUCAAGAAAUCGAUGACCACUGAAGCUAAGGCUGCUGAAGCUACGGACGCCGAAUACGUGUUCGUGGACAGUCCCCGUCCGCGGAAAGCAAGCUCGCUGGUCGUCUCGCCGCAAGAUUCUCCGUGCCCUGCGCCCUCAGCUAAAGCCAAAUCCAUCCCGCCUGCCCGCCCACUGCUCAAGUCUGCGUUCCAGCAAGAGAACGUGUCGCCAGGCAAGCCCGGCUCUCUUGUUCGGCCGCACCGGCACUACUCUUGCUCGACUCCGAAUCUCGCUUCCUCGAAGAACGCUCCGGGCGUGAAACCCAAAUUGAAGCUGCAGCCGCAUCCGCUGGCUAAAAGCCGGCUGCGGAGUGAGAGCUCCAGCGUCACCCGCCGGCCACCCGUCAACAUCGCCCCGAAGAAGAAGAAAGAGGUAGUGAUCCAAACACAAGCGCCGACUACGACUGUGGAUCGUGGCGUGCAAACCGAAGCGCCGGAGAGCAGCAGUAGCGUCGGGUGCCAGACAACAGACCAGAGUGUCCAGUGGCAGCCGGGCGUCCUGUUCUCGAUCUCGCAGGACGAAGUCGUAGCGGCCAAGUCCUCCAAGUCUGCCAUCGACCUCAAGAAACUGAUCAUCAACAUGGGCGUGCUGGAUCACAUCGAGGGCGCGAGCGACGACAAGGACCGGCUGCUGGAUCUCUCUAUGCACGUCAGCGACGAGCUCGGCCAGAUUCUCGCUCAGCGGACGGCCUCGGACACUGGGAAUGGCGUCGUCGAACGUGUGCCGCUGGGUGCGCGAGAUCGGAAUGUUGGCAAACCAUCGCAGGAAGUGAAGCGCAUGAAGAUCGUCGUACCACCGGUCGAUUCGAGCAUUGAGCCGUCGAGGGAUCCAAAGAUCCGCUCGGAGCUGUUAGACUUGAGAGCGCAGGCCAGGGUGUCGUGGGUCAUGUCGUAGGCGAUGGUCCUGCGUGGUUUUCAUCGCAUCUUUUUUGUCCUCUGAUGUAUGUCAUCGAACUCGAAUGAGUGGCGUACAUGCAUGGUUAAUUACUUGAUCUUAUGGUGACGAAGUUAAAGCGAAGAUUAGUCGCGGGCACCGUAGAAUUAUAUUUACUUGAAAAACGGACAGAU